AUGAGUCAACAGAAAUUACAAUCUAACCCUCGUGGUAUUCCUGCUUCUCCAUUUGUGGAACGCGUUGAAGACUAUGUCUCCGCAGAGGAACCAGUUGAGGUUGUCUUGAAAAAGUUUCAAGAAGCCAUCAGUAAAUACAAAUUUAUGGAAAUCAAUUUAUUACAACGAAGAAAAGUAUUAGAAGAAAAGAUACCAGAGAUUGAAAAGACGAUUGCCAUGGUUGACUUGCUAACAGAGAAAAAAGACAAUCAGGAACCUUUAUACACAGAUUUUGAACUGAACGACACACUUUAUGCCAAAGCAAAGAUUGAGCCUUCUGACUCUGUUUAUCUUUGGCUAGGUGCUAAUGUCAUGUUGGAAUAUACUUGUGAGGAAGCCAAAGAAUUAUUGACCUCAAAGCUAGAAACAGCUAAAACCUCUAGAAAGAAUACCUUGGAAGACUUGGAAUUUUUACGAAGCCAAAUUACAACAAUGGAAGUGAAUACUGCUCGUGUAUACAACUGGGACGUCAAACAACGAAGACUCUUACGAGAACAACAAAAACAGGAAACCUCUGCUUAA